AUGAGUUCAAGCGAAGACGGUUCCGUCAAAAAGCCAGUCAACAGGGAACCUGAUGCUGGAAAGCUCACAGAAAGCUUCCUAACGCCUUCUGAAUCGACAUCGCAUCCACAGGCUAUAGCGUAUGAACGCAAUCACGGCUCCAUCCGACAUCUCGACGCCACACAGCACAAGUUGAAAAUCAAGGCCGACUCGUCACUAACGUCGAGCGAAAUCCUGCCCAACCCCAUCGAUGUGGUCUUCUCAAUGGACGAUUUGAAAUCCCGCUUCAAAUACAGUAGUAUCACCGCGGCGUUGCAAUGCGCGGGGAACCGUCGUCACGAGAUGCGCGAGCGAGUAGCUGAAGUGCAGGGAAUCGAUUGGGGCGACGGCGCCGUCAUGAACGCCGAGUGGGGAGGCGUACUACUACGCGAUGUGCUACUUUCGGCCGGGGUGACGGCUCCGUCGCCACCGUCGACACAUAACUACCAGCAAUACCAGGGAAUGCACGUCCAAUUCGCCUCCGCGCAAGAAACGCAGGAGGAUACAUACUACGGCGCUAGCAUCCCUCUCUCGACGGCCCUGGAUCCGGAAAGACAGUGUCUCCUUGCGACGCAUGUGAAUGGCAAACCUCUCACGGCAAAACAUGGAUACCCAUUGAGAGUGAUUGUCCCGGGGAUCAUCGGCGCUCGAUCCGUCAAGUGGCUCGACUCGAUUACCAUCUCGGCCGAGCAAUCGAGAAAUCAUUAUCAACAGCAAGAUUACAAGAUCCUGUCCAGGGAGAUUGCCCAGCGGAUCGAGGCGGCCGAGGACGAGGAAGAGAAGGGACGGAUCAAAGAGGAGGCAGAGCCUCUGAUGGAUAAUCCUAUCAACUCGGUCGUUGCGGUACCGGGGCAGGACGGGGAUGUGCUUCACAGGGAUGGUCAGGGAAGGAUCUAUCUGCGAGGCUAUGCGAUCCCAAAGGGCAAGGAUGGCCCGGUCGUCAAGGUAGAGGUAUCCAUCGACCGCGGCGGGACGUGGCAUGAAGCCUCGAUUCUCGAUAAAGGGGAUGAGAAUACCGUGUCUUCCUCCGUGAACAACGGAGACACUACGCAGAGGGGCCAGUUCGCGUGGGUGGUUUGGGAAUGCUGCGUUCCUGUUGACGGAAAUAUGCCGCAGGAGGGAACAAGUAUCUGGUCGAAAGCGACGGACAAGGGCGGGAACACCAUGGACGUGGAAAAGCCGGAGGGCGAAUGGAACUUAAGAGGUGUGGCAUUUAAUGCUGUUGAAGGAAGGAGAGGCAUUAGGAUUGAAUGA